GGGGGGAACGAGUAGCCACAAUUAAGUUAGCAGAAGGUAGCUUUGAAAAAAAAAAAAAAACUGCAUCGCGGGCAGGAAAAUGGGAAUUUGAGAAGGGGGGUGAAUAACAAAAGUGUCUGUUCAGUAUGUACACACGAUGUAGUGUUUGUCCAUCAGCCGUCAGCGACGUCACAACGAAAGCUGAGCGAAGGACUCGCGUGCUCGGACCGGAAGUGAAGUGCAAUCCUUGCCAGUAAAAGCAUGGAGACGACGCCGGCGUCGGAGUUCUGCGUCUCUGCGGCCACGCUCUUAUUUUACCAGCCGGAAGCGGAUGCCUGGCUGCCUCCGGGCGCGGAGCGGCCGGGAAUGGGGCUGCGCGUGCACGCCGGUCUCCUCCGUCGCUCGAACGCAGCGCCGACUCCGGUCCGGUCCGGUCCGGAGGAGUCUCUGUCGCUGAGCCGGAUCCAGGCGGAACCGGACGCCCGGCACGCGCACAAUGUCCGAGCGGGAGCCGCGCGCGCUCCUGUUCCGCGCGGCCGCUCUGGAGCCGCACUUUCCCGCCACGCCGUUCCGGGACGACUCGCGGUCCGAGCGGCGCGCGAUGGCGCCGGACGCCGUCGCCGUGUACCACGUGAUGCGCCCGGAGGGGGGUCGGCGCGGCUACCGAGUUUUGGAGCGUGACGUCCUGUCGGGGGCGCCCGCGGACGAAGGGCGCCACCUGCCCCGGUGCUCGCCCUCGUCGCCCGGAGUCCCGCCGGGCCCCCCCUGUCCGAAGAGCGGCGUCUUCGAGGAGGACUUCCGCAAGAUGGCCGCCCGCGGCCCGCAGGCGGUGGCGUCCGAGGGCGCUCGGAGAGUCCCGGAGCCUUACCGUCCCGGGCCGGCCCCCUUCUUCAACCGCAGCUUCGAGGCGGCGUACGGAAACCCGUAUCGGGCGCCGCCCCUUCACGAGCGUCGCCGCGUCGAGCACGAAAGUCUGGAUGACCUCCAGGCGUCCACGUACUUCGGCCCCGUCGAGAGCCUCAGUCUCAAUGCGGAGGACGAGCGAAGUCACUUCCGGCGGGCGGAGGCGGCCGCGCGGUCGCCUCGCCCCAAAGCCGAGGAGUCGGCCCGACGUCUGCGGGACGGGCCGUCGACGGAGGGCGGCGGGAAGAAGGGGCCGACGGGGACGCCGCCCGCCGCCCGCGAGACCUCGGACGGGGACUCGGAGCCGAUCGCUGACGAUAUCAGCGACAUCUUCCGCUUCCUGGAUGAGUUGAGCGCGUGCGACUCGCCGGGCGCGGUGCCGUCGUCCCGCUACGACAGCGCCCCCUCGCUCGGGUCCGACAGCGGCGACAGUCCGCCGGAGCGCGCCACGGUCCGGCUGGCCCGCUCGCAGCUGGACCGUCUCCUGCGCUCUCUGGACAGCGCCGACGGCGAACUGAAGGUGAGCGUCGGCGAGCUGGCGGCCAGGAUGGGCCACAUCGAGAAGAAGUUGGAGUCGCUGUCGGGCGUGCGUGGCGAGAUCUCGCAGGUCCUGAGCAAGCUCAACAAGCUGGACCGGAAGAUCCGGGAGCCGGACGCCGGAGACGCCGGCGCCGGGCACCGUGACGCGGCCGAGCCCUCGCCGGCGGGACGCUCGCACGGGGACGCCGCCCCGCCGCGCGCGUUCCGCUGCCGCGCUCUGGCCGCCGCCGCCGUCAGGGUUGAGGCGCCAAAGAAGGACGGCUUCGCGCGGAGGCCGUCGCGCUCGCUCGACGGCGACGCAGCGGGCGGCGGGGACGCCGCGCCCGGCGACCGGAGGACGCCGUCAUUCUCGCGCCGUCGCGACGACGACGACGACGCGGAUGACAGAAUGCGUCGUGUCAAUCAGGCCUCGGCGCGAGGGCGUCAUUGCGACUGCCCCCGGACGCCGCGCCCCCCCAAGGCGUCCUACGUGCCGGACCGCCGCCUGAGGCCGCCGCCCUGCGCCGCCGCGAUCCCGCCCUAUUCCGGCGUGCGGGCCGCGGCGCCGUCUUGGAACACGGAGCGGUACAAAGCCAAAGCGGGAGAAGACGCCAUCGACGUGCAGGCGGAGCGCGUACCUGCGAGCAACAAGCUGGCCUUCUGGUUGGAGGACGUUUACACGCCGGGAUACGAUUCGCUGCUAAAGCGUCGAGAGGCCGCCUUCCGCAGGGCCAAAGCGUGCAAGGUGGCCGCUCUGAUCGCCGCCGCCUUCAGCGUCAUCCUGGUCAUCGUGGUGCCCAUCUGCGCCAUGAAGACGUGAGCUCGCGGGCUAGCCCGUCCCGACGGGAAGUCGCCGGCCGCACGGUCGCGACGUGAGUGAUCGGAGGUGGCUGGCGACCCCCGCAAAUACGAGAGCUAGCUGAUGCUAACGGGACGUAGUCAUCUGGACCGUGAAAACAUUAGCAAGCUCACUAAAGGACUUGAGCUGGCCGGCGAGCCGACGCUAACAAAACGUAGCCGGCCGCACCGCAAGGAACCCAGCUAGCCGGCUAGCUGACGCUAACAGGGCUCGGCCGUGCGUGAAGAAGAUGUUCAUUAGCUGAUGCUAACAGGGGCUAGCCAUCCGUACCGCGAGGACGUAAGCUGGCCGGUUAGCUCACGGCGACGGGAAGUCGAGCGGCUGUCAAUCAAGGACGCGCAGCGUAGCGUUACACGUAGCCCGGGACUUCGCUCACGCCCAACGGUCUGUGCUUAGCUCCGCCUCUCUGCGGGCCCCGUGGAGAGGGCGGCUUCUGAUUGGGCGAAACUAAAACCUCCUUAUAAGGGCGCAGGGAGAAAGAGAGGCCGGAACCACGUCGUCUCAAAGACUUCAACGCUGGCUUGAAACCCAAAUUUGAAAUCUGGACCGAGGCUCCAAACCCCAACUCGAGUUUGUAGAAUCGAGCGUUCCGAUUCGAUUCGGCUUUUAGGAACGUCGCCUCGCCUCUCGGAGGCAAAACGGAUCAAGUCUCGAGUCCUACGAGGUGAAACGAUCGAGCCCACGAAGUCCACGGCGCAAACGUCGUUUGGAAAACUUGCACGGGCAAAACAAAUCGGAGACGACGAUCAGCACUUCCGCGUUGCCGAAGCGUCGUCGCUGGCGGCGUCGUGAAAAAAAAAAAAAUCAAUAAAAUCACAAUUUGGCUGUGCGGCUACGAGCGGCGAAAGGAUUCCAACGAUUCCAUUCGUUGCUUGUGGAUAUCCAAAAUGGCCGCCCCCUCAAAGAUCCCUCUGGUGCGUUGCGACAACAUCGUGAGGUGGCACAGACAGAAAAAUGGAAUUUUGUUUGGAUGGCAACAACUCAUCGCCGACUUCAUCAACGUGACCUUCAUCGGCGCCGGCUGACAUUUGUACUCGCUGACGAUCGUCGAGCGACCUUCCCGAAGAACUUUUACGACCGGUCCGCUUUCCCUUUCGUGAAACUAUUGGACGCGCAAAUGUCAAGCGGCGGGCGCUGGGAGCUCGACGGCGUGAAGAAGCGACAUCUGUGCAAAACGCCGUGCAAAAAAAAUGAGGAAUACAAAAUAAAAGACUUGGCCUCGUCA